AUGGCUUCCCUAAAUCUUUCCACCAACGGGCCUUCGAUCUCAAAGAGCUAUCAAUCCAUCGUCAACGCCGCCCCCGCAAGUAAUGCUGCCGCCGCUUCUCCUUCCUACGGCCAAUGGGCGCUGUUUAAUGUGUCUACGCCUCUUGUGAAUGCCUUCCAGCCGGAUUCGGGGAGUAAGGAGAGUGUUCUCAAGGUCCAGAGCACCGGAGAGGGGGAAUUGCUCGACCUUUUUGAGGACUUUUCGGAAGGAAAGGUCCAGUUUGCCUUCCUCAGAGUGAAAGACCCAAACACCAGUCUUCCGAAGAAUGUCCUAAUCGCCUGGUGCGGAGAGGGAGUGCCUGAAAGGACAAAGGGCUACUUCACGAGUCAUCUGGCCGCAGUAUCUCGGUUUUUCCAGGGUUACCAUGUGCAAAUAACUGCCCGUUCCGACCAAGAUCUAUCACCAGAACGUAUUCUUCAAAAGGUCGCCGACGCUUCGGGCUCCAAGUACUCGUCUGGAACCCCCAUUCCCCAGGCGGCCCCUUCAUCCAAACCUCCGGUAGCCACAAAGCCGGUGUUCACCGCUGGUCGAUCUACCGGGUUCGUGGCUCCUCCUGGUGGUCGUCGAGUAGCUGCCUCUGCAAAUUCGCAGGUUGACGACGAUGGGUGGGGUGCCGAUGCGCCGCCAGUCACAAGAACCCAACUGGAAAAGGUUCCUUCGGCAUACAAGCCAACAAAGGUUGACAUGAACCAGCUUACGUCACAAAAGCCAACGCCAUCCAGGUUCAAUGAAGGUCCGUCCGAGGCUAGGGAGGAUGUUGUCAAGGGCGCAUAUCAGCCUAUCGGAAAGGUAGACAUCUCAGCUAUCAGGCGACAGGCUCGUGAAUCCGGUCAAAAUGUAGAUGACCGACCCAUCCCUGUUAAAGGAGCCUAUGAGCCAGUCGGCAAGGUCGACAUAUCGGCAAUUCGAGCCAGAGCUCGGCAACCGGAAGAUGCAGCUCCAACUGAGCCUCCUCCAGCUGCUGAACCCCCAACCGAAGCCAAGACCCUCUCUGAGCGCUCGGCGGCGUUCCAACCCUCCGAACGCUUGACAAGCCUUCCAAAACCCAAAGUAGCCAAUCGAUUCGGUACCUCCUCGAGCUUCACUGGUACAAAGGCACCGCUACCAUCUGAAUUUGGGCAGAAACCUGCUGCUGCCGCGCCUGUAGUAGGCUUGGCAAGCAAGACUUUUGCUGAUGAAGGGGGGAAAACACCGGCGCAACUAUGGGCGGAAAGGAAAGCAAAACAGCAAGGCACCAACGUGGCAGCCACUCCUGCACAUGGUGCUCAACCAGUGACGAAGGAUCUAUCGGGUGAUGGUCAGUGGAAGAGCUCAUAUGGCGGAAAAUCAUGGGCCCCAGUGCAAACUACACAUACUGGACGAUCUGCAAAUAGCAGCACUGCCUUGUCGGCUCAUGAAGAAACACAACCAAGAGCUGCUGCCCCAUCCGAUGUUCCACCACCUUUGGACACCAGUAGCAAACCCAAUGUUGGUCGUGGCAUUCCUUUACCUGGAUUUCCUACAGAGCCAACCCCCGCAGAAGCCCCUCACGAGGAAGAGGUCAAACAAGAAAUACCCCCGCCCCCUCCACAGCCUCGUUCGCCUACUCCGCCAACACCGGCUGCGGAGGAAUCUUCCCCUAUCCAGAUUGCUAUGCCCGUCAGUCGCACUGCUCCAGAGGACUUGGUUCAAGAUGCUCAUGAAGAGAUAAGCGCCCCUCCUCAGCCUUUGCCAAUUCGCAGUUUAGAGCAGGCUGUCCCAGCUGAAGAGGAGCUUGAAGAGCCGGCUUAUGACACCGGCCGUGCCACCGCCGAGGCUUCCACACAUGCCACGGCCCCAGCAGAGUCCAUUCGAGCCGUGGUUCUGUAUGACUACGAAAAGGCCGAGGAGAACGAAAUCGAGCUAAAGGAAGGUGAAGAAGUAACAGACAUUGAAAUGGUUGAUCAGGACUGGUGGUUGGGAGUUAACGUUCACGGGGACCAUGGCCUCUUCCCUAGCAAUUAUGUGGAAGUUUCCGGACAGGCUUCUGAUGUUGCUGAACAUGAGGAAACUCCUGUUCACGCACACCCGGAACCCCCCUCGGCCCCAGAGCCUGAGGCAGAGAGUCACGGUCACACAGCAACAGCCCUUUAUGAUUAUGAAGCUGCCGAAGAUAAUGAACUUAGCUUCCCCGAUGGAGCCAAGAUCGUAAAUAUUGAAUUCCCCGAUGAUGAUUGGUGGUCUGGCGAGUACAAUGGCCAUGCUGGUCUUUUCCCUGCCAACUACGUCGAGUUGCAUAAAUAG